AUGGUUGAAACCGAAGCAAAUGAUCACGCUAUUGAACUACAUGUAACUGAAGAUAUUGACACAAAUGAUUUCGUAGAAGCAACACGUGAAUCUGAAAAAAUUAACGAUGUUGAUGUGAACAUUGAGAGUGACGACAAUGAAGUUAAUGAUGAAAGUAUAUUGGGAAAGGUUUUCGAUACCGCGGAAGAUGCAUAUGACUUUUAUAAUGAUUAUUCGUUUUUACAUGGAUUUGUACAAUAUGACAAAGCAGUUGUGUCACGAAGGGCGGCCGAAGAAGAUGAAGAUUUCAAGACUAUGAAUUCGAGGCCGGUUCUGUCCUCAGUACAUCCAAUUGAAGCAAAAGCAGUCAGCAUCACAUGUUCGUGUGCUAAGUAUGAGACACAUGGAAUUUUAUGCAAGCAUAGUCUGUAUGUGAUGAAGAAGAGGCAUGUUCAAACACUCCCCAAUCAUUAUAUUUUACCUCGGUGGACCCUUAAUGCUAGGUACAAGGUAAGUAAUGUUAGCAUCGGACUCGGAGAUAUGAAUACUGAAAAUGAAGUUAGUACUUUCACAUUAUGGUGUGUCCGUUCAAAUUUUAAUAAACUAAUUGAACAAGCAAGAGACUCCCCUUCGGAGAUACAGAAACUUAAUACGUUAUUGAUAAGUCUUUUAAAGGAUCAAGUAGUACGAAAGAAAUCUAUAUCUUUUGAGAAUGCAUCUCAAGGUUCUUGUAUGGGAAUUUCGCAAGUAGAUAUGAUGCCACAGUUAUCUAUCCGUGAUCCUCUUGGUCCAACUACUACAAAAGGGCGUCCUAAAGUUGCUAGUAGAAAAAAGUCUCCUUUAGAAGCCCCCAAAAAGCGAACGUGCUCUUACUGUCAAGGAUUAGGUCAUUACGCUAGUAGUUGUUCAAAAAGAAAGGCAGAUGAAUCGAUACAUGAGAAAGAAAAAUGA